AUGGCGGAAGCUGCAGCCAAAUCCGUGCUGGGUACAAUCAGUCGGGGACACCUCGAAUGCCCGAUUUGUUGCUGUCGUUUCACCGAUCCCAAGCUGCUGGACUGUCUGCACAGCUGCUGCCUGAACUGUCUAGACGAGCUCAUCAGCAGACAGCAACCCAAGGCGGGCGAGAUUACGUGCCCAUUCUGCAGGCGGGUAACUGCGGUACCAGACACCGGAUUGCAGGGUCUUCCCAACUGCUUUUUCCUGAGUUCCCUUGUCGAUGAAUUCAACAAGCAGGAGCGGUUGCUGGGCGACGCACCAGCGGAUACUCGUUCAUGUGAGGAAUGCGACGAGGGCUUGGAAGCCGUCUCAAGGUGCUUAGACUGUGAUGGGAACAUCUGUCAGAAAUGUUUGGAUGUCCAUCGGAAACUGAAAUCUACUAAGAAACAUCGGAUCGUAAACUUCGAUCAAAGUAGAUCACAGGUACCUCUGGCGGAUCUUCGGAAGAAAGAUUGGCUGCAAUGUCACAAACACACUAAUCAGGAACUCUGUUUUUACUGCGAGACAUGCGAGACCUUGGCCUGUGCGAAAUGUGCUGCGUUAGAUCAUCGGACAGCGGAGCAUGAAUACAGAGAAGUCCCAGAUGCCAUAAGAUCGUACCGUCAGGAUGUCAGUGAGAGUCUGCGAAAGUUUGAACAGAGCAGAGAGGAAUUCAAAGUCGCCGAUGAUUCCUUGCAACAUGCAAGGAACAGGCUGAGAAUCAUGGUCGCCCGGGCUUGUAAAGACAUCACCGCCAAAGAGAGAGAAGAGAUUGCAAAGAUCAGAAAUAAGUCUCGCCUGCUCAGAGACGAAGUAAAACACAUUGGAAAAGAACGAGAUAGGAAGUUUGAGGAAGUCCAGAAAAACAACCGUGACAAGGUGGAGCGGGCCGAGCAAAUCGUAGCGACAGUCAACGAUUUGAUGCAACAAGCUGACGACUUUGAGCUUUUGGAUCUCAAACCGAAAGUGAUGCAUAACUUGGAGUUCAAGGAGGAACUUAAAUUGGAACAGGCGCAGCAUGAGCUGUCAUUCAUUGGGAUCAAAUGUCAAGAUGUCGUUGCAAAUACAAGCCUUGGCGAAGUGCUUCUGGAAGAAAAAUGGCAGUUGAAGGAAGUGUUGGAUGAGGACUCUGGUGACGGCCAAUAUAAAAGCGCUGAAGGCGUUGCUUGUCUAAGCAAUGAUGAUUUGGCCAUAACAGACACAGGCAAACAACAGUUAAAAAUUGUAAAUUCGGCUGGAGGUAAAACACCUGUUGGUUGGGAUAUCCUGAAUGACCCCUGCGGAGUUGUUGUUUCUGGUGAUGAUGUAUUACUUGUCACCGAUAAGAUGCAUGUCAAGGUGUUUGACUCAAGUCUAGAAUUCAUUCGCCAGUUCACACCAUCACAUAAUGACACAGGACAGGACUCAGAGAGUUGUCUCACAGGUAUCGCUGUGGACGAGAAGAAUCGGAUAGCAGUGGCAGACAGCGGCAGAAAGCUCAUAUCUCUCCACAUGCUGGAUGGAUCCCUGAUGAAAACCAUUCCACAUGAAAUGGUUGGUUACGGUUUGGCCGUUGGCAUUAAAGAACGCUUGAUCUUCACAAACUACUCAAAUGAGAGAUUGAUUUGCAUAACCUAUACAGGAGAAGGGGUGUUCAGUGUUAGUACUUCAUGUGUCAAGCAACAUGGCAGACCCUCUGGCGUGUGCUGCGAUGAUGCAGGUGAUAUCUAUGUCUCCGUUGAUUCCGAAGAAUUUGAAGGCGGUGAAGUGCACCAUUAUACACCUGAAGGUGUUUUCAUCGGGCGGGUGGCUCGCGGACUUCACUCUCCCUGCGGCCUGACAUUCACGCCAAGCGGAGACCUCGUGGUGGCUGACGAGGUGUCAGUCAAGAUCUUCCAGCGGAUGUAG